UACUGAUCUUGGGUGGUAUAGGCAAAGAAAUCCCUUGGAGCUAUAUUAUAUUGAUGUAAGCAUGCGCAGAACCACGGGGGGUAUGGGGAAUAUAGCCCUCACUCGAUUAAGAAAGUAUAUGUAAUAUUUAUUUUAUUCCAAAUUUUUUAUUUCUACAAAACAACAUUUUUUUUGUAUUUCCACAACCAAUUCUGGAUGUACAUAAGAAGGAAUUUACCCAGAUUCAGCGCUAAGCGGUCUCCGUAACACCCCCGUAAGUGUAAAAUAUAUAAUUCAACAUUAUCUGGAGGGGACUUCUACUUCUGCUCAGGCACUAACGAAGCAGAACGCUGAGUAGUCACGCAAAAUUGCCGACGACGGCGCGUUGUUACGGGCCACGUGUUCCCGCAAAGUUGCAAUCGACCCACAGAGCACAAUGCGUCUCUGUGUCUUCGGUGCCGACUUUUCACCGACCAUUGCCGACCAAAGUUUUUAUUGGCUAAAUUCCCUGCCGCUGUUCGCGUCGCAGUUAUAAGUCAGCGCAGAAUUCUUGACCUACUACGUGAGUUAACUUGGCUAUUAAGAAAAAACUUUAACAAUAAAAAUUCCGACGAUUAGUUCAAUAUUUCUAAAGCACUAUGUGGACCUUAAAAUAGUUAAAUAUUACUGAAAAUACAGAAAUAAUCAUUCUUUAGAGGCAUACAUAUAGCAUAGCAACCAUAUCAGUGUCAAACAUUAAAACUCUUCGAAACAAAAUUUAGUUACCGAGAAAACUAAACCAGUAGAACAAAAUGGCAGCUACCCAAGAUUACAAGCCUGGCGAUAUUCCAUACGAGGAGCAAGAUGACCGCAGAUUGUUCUGUAAAUUCCACUAUAAAGGUGUUCUCAUUUUGCUCAUACCUAUAAUACUUGGACCUAUAUUAAUCGGACAUCCAGUUUUGGUUUUCCGCUUCCUGUACAUAUCAUUAUGUUUUUACAUAUUCUAUAUCCUAAAUUUAAUGGCUCGAGGAGCGGUAGCCUUUAUCUACAUCGUAUUCAUACCCAUUGCGGGCAUUGCGGCCUCUGGCCAGGUCGGAACCUCCUACUACAGCGAUCUAAUAUUCUUGGUGUACGGAUCUGUUUUCCUGGGCAUUAUGAUGGACAGUGCGAGGCUCAGUGAACGCCUGGCGAUGUGUGUUAUCGCCAUUGUUGGUAGCAGUCUGAAACGUCUUCAGAUUUUCAUGACCGGUGUCGUUUUUAUUGUUGCCUUCUUGGUGCACCCAGCAUUAGCCGCUGCCUUUUGGAUGAAAGUGUCCCAGGCGGUGAUAACGGAAUACAAUAAUGCUGGCGUUGUGAAAAUGAACUCUGAUGAAAAACCCUACGAGGUUGGAUCCAAGCCAUAUCCCACGCGUCCUGUAAUCGGCAUUUAUCUAACCUGUUGCUAUACCGGCACCAUAGCUGCCUGUCUUUCCCCCUUCGUGAAUCCCAACGCUUCCAUAGUCGACGCCUACUGGGGAUUUUUUAGAACUUCAGGCAUGAUGAUGAUUAUGGCGGGGCCGACCAUAUUGGGGCUGGUUGUAAUGGUCCUUUGGAUUCACAUCCUCUUCCUCGGACUUUUCGGUGGCAGUGUGAAACGAGACCUGGCAGAGCUGGAUGGAAAUAGGGCGGGCUUCAAGCAGACCAUAGCCGACAGGAAGGAGGCUUUGGGGCCCUGGCCCGUAUAUCCCAUACUGGUCUUAUUACUGAUAAUCACAACAUUCUUACUGGUUGCCACACGCAAGCCGCGAGUCUUUAGGGGCUGGGGUGAUAUAAAUCUUAAAAUUGAAUCGGGUUACUCCGUCGCGGUUAUUGGCAUGGCCAUUCUAUUUUUCGCGCUUCCGGCCAACUAUUUAUUCUGCAGGUAUUACGUCUGCCGGCGGCCGACUAAGGAGGGCACUGCUCCCUCACUUCUCGGCUGGAAGGCGGUGAAUACCAAUACUCCUUGGGCCGAUAUCUUCAUGCUGGGCGCCGCCGUUUGCUGUAUCUUUUGUGCCCAGACAUGCGGCUUUAUUGCCCUCGUGGCAGAGUCCAUGGGCAGCAACGAACCUAAACUGGAUGGGCCGCAGUUCAUUGCCGGGGCCCUGUUUGGAACCCUGCUGACGAAUCUAUCACCGGGCUCUACCGUGGCCAGGAUAGCUCUUUCCACUAUCUCAAGAGGGGGAGCUAGCUUUGCCCUGCCGUUCGCCACCGCACUGCACAAUCAGUUUUUGCUGCCCGUGAGCUGCCCCGCAAACCUUAUUGUUGCCGGCUGGGGCAAUAUAAGACCCUUCCAAUUCUGCAUGCUAAACCCCAAAUUUCUGUUUCGAUCUCGACCGCAUUUAAUAAAAUUACCCAGUAAGAAAUCUGCAUUGCAGUGUGUUGAGCUGCCUUGUUGACACGUUUAGCAUUCACAAUCGGAGCAAAAACUGGACUGGGAUUGCUUGGCAACAGCUGUUCAACGGACAUCUAUCUCUAGGAAAGGUGCGGUGAAAACAAAAUACUGUUGUCGUAGUUGUUUUGAAAAAUAUAAAAAGAACAUGUAUCAUACUGCAAACAAACAAAGCCAAAACCUUCGGGCACAGGUGCAUAAAGUUUUUCACUCUGACUUUUUCAAAUGAAUUUCAAAUUGGAUAUUAUGUGUAGUGCAAGACUUAUAUCCGAUGUUUAUUUAAUAGAGCUCAACUAACAAGUAAGGCACAUUUAUUUAAUUGUAGUUUGGGUAAACAUUAGAUGGUCUUUUGAAUUCAUAAUUAGAUCUAAGCUUCAACAAAUAGU